AUGGUUUACGUCGGUAUUCCGAAGAACUACACGCAGUCCCCGUCGUCUUUUGCGGGGACUCCGUCUUUGACCAUCAACUAUGAGGCUACCCAAGACCUCGACUCUAGCAAUGCCUUUGAAGGUCCGGAGAAAUUACUCGAGGUCUGGUUUGCCCCCUCUGCCAGCGAGCUUGGCGCUGCCGGUCCGGAAGGCCUGAAGAAGGUGCCCGGCGAGAUCUGGAAGGACAUGCUGGACCUGGUCAACUGCCAAGUUCUGUCGGUCGUCUCCUCUGAGGAUGUGGACGCCUACCUCCUGUCCGAGUCCAGCAUGUUCGUCUGGCCCCACAAGCUGAUUCUCAAGACUUGUGGCACCACCACCCUCCUGUCGGGCCUUCCUCGCAUCUUGGAGAUCGCCGCUCUUUUCGCAGGCUUUCCCCGUGCGACGGCCCCGCCAUCGCGCGGCAUCUCUGUUGCGGCGGCGCCAUACCGCGUCUUUUAUAGCCGGAAGAAUUACUUGUUCCCGGACCGCCAACGGGGGCCUCACCGCAGCUGGCGCGAUGAGGUUCGCAACAUGGACAAAUUGUUCCAGAACGGUAGUGCCUACAUGAUUGGCAAGAUGAACGGCGAGCAUUGGUAUCUCUAUCUGACGGAGCCUCACACCAUGCUCACUCCUCCCGCCACCCCGAAGGAGGAAGAAGAUGGUACCUUCGCCGAAACGGAGACAAAGGUCCUCAGUUUCCCCCGCCCUGCGUCGAUUUCCGACUGUGACGAACACGAUGAGACUCUCGAGGUUCUCAUGACCGACUUGGACGAGGAGAACGCCAAGCAGUUCUACCUGGAACACGCCACGGCCACGGCCCAAAAGCGUCACCGCAAGUCCAACGUCGACGAUGAGCACCUCGACGUGUUCGACAAUGGUUCCGACCCCGAGGACCUCGACGCGGAUGCUCUGCCCGCCGAGCUGACCACCGAGGGUCACGCCUUGGGCACUGUGGUGUCGGACGCAUGUGGCCUGUCGGACGUCUAUCCGAAGAGCAAGUUCCCCGAUGCCCGCAUCGAUGCGUACCUGUUCACUCCAUGCGGAUUCUCGGCUAACGGUGUGGUGCCUGCCCCGGACGGCAACGCCCCUACUCACUACUUCACCGUCCAUGUCACUCCGGAGCCGCAGUGCUCGUAUGCGUCCUUUGAGACCAAUGUGCCACACUCGCAGAACGGCAAGACCACAGCCGACAUCAUUCAGCAGGUUGUUGAAAUCUUCAAGCCCGGUCGCUUCAGUAUCACUCUGUUCGAGACCAAGCCUUCGGUCGAAGACCUCGCUAACGAUGCGACUGGCUUCAACGAGGCUCAUGCGCAGCGCCAGGCCAUGCGACGCAAUCCGAAGAUGGAGCAAAUCGAGGGCUACCGUCGUGUUGACCGUAUUGUUCACGAUCUCAACGGAUAUGAUCUGGUCUUCCGCUACUAUGAGCGGGAUGACUGGAAGGGAGGCGCGCCUCGUCUCGGAGAGAAAUUUUGA